AUGGGAACCAUGUUUGGGUUAUGCUUCCUCACGUUCCUCUUGUUCUCUCCAUUUGCAUUCUCCGAGCUGUGCAACCCACAGGACAAGAAAGUGCUGCUACAAAUCAAGAAGGACCUUAACAACCCUUACUUGCUGGCCUCGUGGAACCCAGACAUGGAUUGCUGCCACUGGUAUUGCGUCAAGUGCGACCGCAAAACGCACCGCAUCAUUUCCCUCAUCAUGUUAUCCUCUGUCCCAGACACUAAUUUGUCAGGUUCAAUACCACCCUCUGUCGGUGACCUCCCUUACCUUGAGACCCUCGAAUUCCACAAGCUACCCAAACUCACAGGCCCAAUCCAGCCCACCAUUGCCAAGCUCACCAGACUCCAGACUCUCACCAUCAGCUGGACCAAUAUCUCUGGCCCAGUACCUGAUUUCUUGGGCCAACUCAAGAACCUCGAGUUCCUUGACCUUUCUUUUAAUAACCUCUCGGGCCCGAUACCAAGCUCACUUUCUCAGUUGCCUAACCUGUUGUCCUUAGGCUUGGAUCGGAACAGGCUCACAGGCCCAAUUCCAGACUCAUUUGGAUCCUUCAAGAAGCCCGGCCCAAGUAUUAUCCUAUCUCACAACCAGCUUUCUGGGCCCAUUCCAGCUUCAUUGGGCAACUUGGAUCCGCAAAGGAUAGAUUUUUCGAGGAACAAGCUGGAAGGCGAUGCCUCGAUGCUUUUCGGGCUCAACAAAACGACGCAGAUGAUUGACGUUUCGAGGAACUUGUUGGCGUUUAAUCUAUCCAAAGUGGAGUUCCCCACGAGCUUGAUAUCGUUGGAUCUGAAUCACAAUAAGAUAUACGGGAGCAUUCCCGUGGAAUUGACCGCAGUGGAUUUUUUGCAGGCGUUUAACGUGAGCUAUAAUCGAUUGUGUGGCGAAAUACCGCAGGGUGGGAGAUUGCAAAGGUUCGAUGCGUAUUCGUAUUUUCACAAUAAGUGCUUGUGUGGGUCCCCGCUUCUCAGCUGCAAGUGA